GCAAUGGCGCUUCUGGUCCGGGCGGGGAACUCUGGGAAGGCUGGGCUUGUGUCCGCCAUGUUUGUCCGAAACCAAAUGGCGAAAUUCGAUGGGAACUGAGGUGGUCAUUCUCCGGCCAGCAGCAGGAUCGGGGACCAACUGACCCCAUAAUUCGGUGCUGAGGGUGGUCAUCUUACACCUUCAGUACCUUUCGUGCGGUCGCGAGUGGAUUUUGUGCGGAGUUUUUGUGAUCGUAAUCUGCUCAUUUCGUAUUCUUUUUUUUCCUGGCCCACACCAUGAGUAAGUUAUCGUUCCGAGCCCGUGCGCUGGACGCCAGCAAGCCCAUGCCGGUGUUCCACACGGAAGACCUGCCCGAUCUGCCCGAGUACACCGCCAUCAACCGCGCCGUGCCGCAGAUGCCCACCGGCAUGGAGAAGGAAGAGGAAUCGGAGAGACAUCUUCAGCGAGCCAUGUCCGCGCAGCAGGUGUACGGUGCGGUUGAGAACCUGGUGAUCCCCACCCCACCAGCGCAGGUCGGUGUCGGGUACUAUGAAGAUCUGUACGAGGGACAGUUCAAACCACAGAAGCAGUUUGUACAUGUACAAGCGCUGAACAUGGAGCAGGACUACCCUGAGUAUGACAUGGACUCGGAUGACGAGCGGUGGAUGAACACCCACAACAAGCGCAGCUCUGCCAUGACCCUGGAGCCCCAGCAGUUCGAGGAGAUGAUGGAUCGGUUAGAGAAGGGCUCAGGACAACAGCCUGUCACGUUACAAGAAGCCAAGCUGCUCCUGAAGGAAGAUGAUGAUCUCAUCAAGGCUGUGUACGACUACUGGCUCAAGAAGAGAAACAAAAGUCCCCAUCCGCUGAUCGCACAGGUGAGGACGGAGAAGAGAGACGGGUCGACGACCAACAACCCGUACGUGGCCUUCAGAAGGAGAACGGAGAAGAUGCAGACCAGGAAGAAUCGGAAAAAUGACGAAGCUUCCUAUGAAAAGAUGCUGAAACUUAGGAGAGAUCUAAAUAGAGCUGUAACAUUGUUAGAAAUGGUCAAAAGAAGAGAGAAGAGCAAAAGAGAGCUAUUACAUCUAACAAUAGAAAUAGUAGAAAAAAGAUAUCAAUCGGAUGACUUUAGCGGCCAGUUGCUAGCGGAGGUGAUGGCCCAAAGACACCAGCGGCCCUCGUACACGCCGUCUCCCGUGCCAAAUGGUUCCCUGUACGCCGCCAUGCAAGGCAACCGGCCUGACUGGGCGAACAGAAUAAACGGGGAGCAGGUCCAGGUAGUUAGAAAGAAGCGCGAGUACAAGAAGAGAAAACACAAAACUGCUUCUGCUGCCCACGUGAAGGAGGAGCACGGCAGGGCGCACCCGACCACGCCCACCUACUCUGACAUGGACCUCCACAAGUACGACUUCCCCAGCAGUGAGGAGGACGUCUCGCCGGCACAGUCUGCAGAAGAGGACACGGACAAUGACCCUGAUGGCUCCUUCGCCUUCAGGAGAAAGAAAGGCUGUAACUACUACCAGGCGAGAGUAGACACGCCGGGGAACUGGCCCUGGGAGGCGAAAGAAGAGGGUGGUUUGGGAGACCCGAGGUACAGAUACUCCUGUACAACCCUGUCCAUGCCCAGGAGAUGUGUGGGGUUCGUACGCAGGAGAGUCGGCAGAGGUGGCAGGGUAAUACUUGAUAGAGUCUUCACUCCCUUCGACAACGCCCUAGAGGACCUCGACCUCUCCAACUCCAGUUCUCUUCCCAAUGGACUACCUCCCAGUUGGCUAACAGACAUUAGGAACAAAAAGUGGCGGCACUUCAGACCGCGGUCGCCCCCUUCGGAAGACGACAGCUCUCCCUCGCAAGCCCCGCCCAGUUUCAGCGACCACCUGUCCAGCCUCAUCACGUUCCCCGCCUCCCCGCCCGAGGAAAUCUCGGCCGAGCAGUUCCACGACCACCAACAAGAGCUGGUCAAGGUAAACCUCGGGAUGCAGAAACAGCAGUUAGCGGCUCAGCAAGACGAGGCAGUCUCCACCAUCCUUAACCAAUCAUUCUCCUCACAACCAACUUCCAGGUUUACGGUGGACUCUGCGAGUGCCCAGUUUGCUGUGUCGGCGGUGGUGUCGAACACAGAGAACCUGGAUACCUCGCUGAAGCUGCGGGAGGGCCCGGAAUCUGCGCACAACGGUGUACUGGAGGCAACAGGGUCAGGAACCAACAAGGUCACACUCCACCUCCCCCCCUGCAGCAGUAUUACAACUGAACUACCCCCUCUCCCAGACCCCCCCUGUCCCCGUCAACCCCCCUCCCCCAACCACCACCCUCGUCACGGCCACUACGAGAACGGGCAGUCCCCAGGCCACCCCGACACCGACCACCGCCGGGGCAGUCACACCAAAUCCUUCCUCGUCAUUGGCCAGAAUGGUCGCCCCUAGCAACGCAGCUGUUUUAAAACUCGCGGCACCAACGUCUAACAGUAUGGCCAACAAUGUAGAUAGUAUAUCUAGGGACAACCACGAGGAUGGUCUUGUAAAUAGUAUAGGAGAAACAACCUUGGCAAUGGAGGUCACGUGACUGCUGUUCCAAGUUGCUGCUACACCCCCUCUUCUGGAGGGAUUCUCAACCAGUGUUCCCUUUACUGGGGACACCUCCUAUUUUGUACAGCAGUGUUUUGUUUUCGUUUUUUUGUUUUUUUUUAAAUGAAUUUUUCCAUCAGGGACAGUAAGACAGUGUUUGUUCUACCUGUACAGAUGUUGUGUAUAAAGGGCCUGUACCAGGCCAACAUAGAAACAACUCCAAAUCUUUGUACAUAAUGCACUUUGAAAUAUUAAUUAUAGUGUGUAUUGUAUGACAAAAUAUGACAGAUUGCAUAGAAUGUAAUGGAAGUUGCAUAUAUUUGGUAUUUAUUUGGCUAUGGCUUGGAUGGCAGAAGAGAGUAAAAAAUAAAGUGUCUACGCCAACUUUUUGUACUGUAUGCUUACAAAAUCUUAUGAAUUAUAAUUCUUCAUUUGGAGAAAGUAGAUGGGUAGUGUAUUCUUAUUACAGUCAAGCAGCCGCACCCCCGUUUGUCCACCAGGUGGUACAAUCCCUGUGGUAAAUGUAGCAGAGAUUGGACUCCCCCAUUUUUAUCAAGGGGUGGUUGUUAGAAAGAGCAGCACUACUAUAGAGUCUGUUACGAUGUCUUUCAAGUAUUUUUGUAUGGCUUUUUGAUCUCAUCCAAGAAUCUCUGCACGUUUAACCACGCACGUUCCCUCGUAAAAAUAUAUACCUGGGAAGGAAGAAAAUUGAUAUUAGCAAACAAUAUUGCCACAGUAAUGGCUGUUAAAUGUGUGUCGAUGUCUCAAACACAUUGUGUAGCAAAUGAAAUUAAAAAUCACUUGUAUUUGUUCCGAGACAAACGUCCAAAAUUUUCGUUUUGUUUUAUAACCCCCUCCCCAGUAAAGUCUUCACUCACUGUGAUAGAUUUAAUUGGAAAAUUGAUAACAUUACUGUUCAGAAAGGUACUGAAACUUGUGAAUGUUGUGGUCACUUUAGCACUUAUCUAAAGGCACAAGAAUAAGGAACUGUUGUCAAAGUGCAAGAAAGCACUUGUCUCAGAAACAAUGUAGCUGUUAAGUGGUUUAAAGAAUUAGCCAAUGAAUUGAAUAACAAUUUCCCAAAUUGACCCCCGUGAAACCAAGAUAUUCAAAUUGGUUUGUUCCCAGGACAGUCCAGUCUUUAGUAAGUCUGGAUUUUACCAUUAUAACUAAAGGGGUGGUAGGAUUGGCCCAUAAAUAUUAUUCCCUUACAUUUGAGUGGAUUUUCUACUACCAUUGUUUUGUUAGGUUUGUGGUGUUUUCCAUUGAUUCUUUCUGGAAUAUGGAUAGUGUCUAUGCAUACUGUUACAUUUACACUCCCCCCCCCCCGACACACAUGGUUUGCCCCAUAGCAUUGUACCCUUCCAUACCAGACUGGAUUGUUCUAUUUGUACGACGGGGGUUACCAUAUGUAUCCUUAAGAAAAUAUUAAGCCCAAGUGACAGCCCAGAGAAAUCUAUGUAUGUACUUGUUUGUAAUUCUUGAACGUAGUGUGACAUUUCUUUUGGCGACGCCUCAAGGGCAGAGCCUUUGGGGUAUUAUUCUGAUUGUAACCUGGAACAGAAGUGUAUUUUUCUAACCGUUCUGAUUGGUCCCCAGCGCCCAGGCAACACUUGUCUCUCAGGAUGUGGCAAUUCUAUGUACCGUACCUGCUAUUGUACAAAUUCAUCUGAAUAUGUGAUUGUGAGAGAUAAAAAAACAAGGAACAUCUUUUACCAUA